AUGUCUCCCAAACGUCCACUCUACGAUGUUCUUGGUGUGACGCAGGAUGCCGCCGAGGAGGACAUAGCGCGUGUGUACCGGCGGCUGGCGCUCCAGUAUCAUCCGGAUCGCAACCCAAACGGGGAGGCAAAGUUUAAGGAGAUCGCAAACGCCUACAGCGUGUUGGGUGACUCGGGGAAACGUAGUGUGUAUGACGCAACCGGCGUUAUUCCCGGCGUUGCGGCGGAGGCAGACAGUGAGGCCACGAUGGCGGAGCGCUCCGCGGAAAUGAAGAAGCGUGUGCAGAUGUUCUACGCCACUUAUGCGGGGUCGCCGGAGGAGACGGAGGAUGUCGUAUCGUGCUACAAUAAGUGCAAGGGGAACUUCCGGCGGAUGGCGCGGGAGGAGCUUCUCUUUGACAACCAAAAGGAGGACGAAGUUCGGCGGCUGCAGGAUCUUGUGCGGAGCCUCGUGGAAGGCGGGCGCCUACAGCCGACGGAGGCCUGGAAGGUGACGAGCUCCGCGGCGGUGCUUAAACAAGUCAUGCGGUCCUUGAAGAAGGAGCGCAAAGAGGCCGCCGACGCGCUUGACGCCAUGGGCCUUUCCACUGAGAAGGGCGGGGGUGACCUGCACGCGCUACAGUCGCUGAUGCGUCGCGAUCAGAAGACCGAAUGGGGCAACAUGAUGAGCAGCCUGGAGUCCAAGUACUUGCAGCCGAAGGGGGCCGCAAACGGGGUGGAGGAAACAGGCAAGAAGAAGAAGAAGCGCAAGGCGGAAGCAACAAAAGUCGCCGCAGCAUCACCGCAUAAAAAAACGCGGAGGUGA